AUGCCGGGGGUAGGGACCACUAGGCACCAAGGACCACCAGCACCGGGGACACCGGGAUGGGGACCGCCAGCACUGGGGGCACCAGCGACAGGGACACCGGGAUGGGGACUGCCAGCACCGGGGACACUGGGAAUGGGAAGACUGGGAAUGGGGCCACUGGCAGCAGGGACGCUGGGGGCAGGGACAGCUGGGGACAGGGCCCAGGGCCAGCCCGAGCAGGGCCAGCCCGGCCGCUGGCUCUGUCCCCGGGGCAGUGGGUUGCCGUGGGCACGGCAGCCCCAGGGCCGGUGGCGUGAGCCCCCCCCCCGGGCAGUCGCCACAGGUCCUGGCUCACCGACCCCCCCAUCCCCGCAGGGCCAGCUGGGUGCUCACCAUGGCUACAGCACGGCUUAUCACCUGGGGGCUGCUCCUGGCCACCGGGGUCCCCGCCGGGGCCCGGGGGACGCUGUCGGCGGGGCUGUCCCCAGGUGGGACCCUGCAGCGGGACAGGGACCCCCUGCAUAGCCCUGCCUGGGGACAGCAGCGGCCGGGCCCAUCCCCUGCCUGGGAAGCAUCAGGGGAGCCGAGCGGCGCCGGGGUCCCUGGGAGCGAGCGCUGGGGGGGCGGCAGCCUCGUGCGCUGGUCCCCACCGCUGCAGGCCGGGGAUGCCACCGGGGCAUCCCUGGAGACGGAAACCACCGUGGCAGGCGCUGGCACCGGGUCCUGGUGGAACGGCGGCGCAGCCCCAGCUGUGGCGGAGGAGCCGCUCGUUGCCUGGCAAAGACACGAGGCUGAAGGCCAGGACAGCCCGUGGGGGGGGACCUGGCUGCCCCAUGGCUCUGCAUUGGGGACACCGGGCCCCGAGAUGCCGACAGACACGGGGCCGGGCUCUCCGGGGCUGCCCUGGGCAGGGCAGAGUGCUGCCGGGCCAGCCGGCACCCUCAGCCCUCGGCCGACUGUGUCCACCAUUGCCCUGACCCCCAUGCUGGCAGUGGGGACAGGGACGGGGACAGCAGACACCCACGCAGGGGGACAGCCAGUGCUGGGGGGAUCCACGGCGGCCCUGGGCACACAGCUCGCUCCAGCCAACAGCCAGCCUGUCCCACUGGGCACGGUCCCCGUCCCCCAUCCCACGAGCACAGGGCCAGCCCAGGGUCCCCACGCCAGCCCCAGCUCCGCACAGCCAGUGGGCAGACAAGGGGACCUGGGGGGGACCCCCAGCCCCUCCCUGGCUCUGCCCAGCUCUGCCCCACAGCUGCCCCCCACAGCCCCAUCCUGGGGGCUGGCUGAGCCCUGGACCCGGGUGCUCCCGGCCCACCAGCGCAGCACCCGGAGGGCCCCGCUCAGCCACGCCGCUGCCAGCCCUGGGGACGCAGCCCCUCGCACGGACCCCGGGCCAACGGGGCAGCAGGGACCCCGGCCCGCCCCGGGGUCUGCCCUCAGCACCAGCCCCGCACCACCACCUGCCUCCAGCAUGGCCCCCCCCCAGCACAGGUACGCAGGGCUGCUGCCCGAGGAGGAUGUCGGCUCCCCACAGCGGGUCCGGGGCGCUGUGGGCCCCAUGAGCGCCCCAAACGCCACCGAGGCCUCCUCACGGCCGACAGCGCAUCCUGCCACAGGGACGCCUGGGACCAGGCACUCAGAUGCCCGAGGGACGCAGCCCCCCGCCCACGGCACCACGGCCCCCUCUGCCACGUGGCAGCAGGCGGGGGGGACGCCACAGCCAGCCCCCCGGCAGCCAUCCACGCCGCAGCUGCAGCCCAGCCGCCCCCCCCCGGCACCGGGGGCCAACGGGACGGGACUGCGCUGGGCCGAGCUGCGACGCCAGCUGGGCUUUGCCUGGGAGGCCCACGUCUAUGGGGUGGCCGCCAUCUUUCUGCUGCUGGCGCUGGGCUGCCUGGCCGGGCUGGCGGGGGCGGCUGCCCUCCGUCCCCCCCAUCUGCCCCACGUUUUAGGGGCCCAUGGGCUGCUGCUGGCCGCCUGCCUGCUGCGGGCAACCUUCCUGCUGCUGGACCCCUACGGGGCUUGGGGCCGCCUGCCCCCCCGGGCCCUGCUGCUGCUCAGCACCGUCCCCUUCCCUCUGUUGCUCGGCGCCUUCGCCCUCCUGCUCCAGCGGCUCCAGCGCCUGGCCCAGCUCCGGCUGCUGCCGGCUCGGCUCCGGGGGCUGCCGGCGCUGGGGGCUGCCGCUGCCCUGCAGAGCGCGGUGCUGGGGGCCGCCGACCUGCUCCCGCUCCGGCUGGGCCCUGCGACCGGUCUGGGGCUGCAGGCGCUGGGCUGCGGGGCCGGGGCCCUGCUGCUGCUGGGGGGGCUCUGGGGGUGCUGGCGGGUGCUGCGGGCACCCCGGGAGGGACCGGGGGGUGGCGGGGAGCCGGGGCUGCGGCAGGGGGCCCGGGCGCUGCUGGCGGCGGCGGUGGCGGGGCUGCCGGUCUGCGGGCUGCAGCUCUACAGCGCUUUGUGGCUGCGGGGGGUCCUGGGCCCCCCCGGGCGCUUCUCCCGGCCCGGCUGGGCAGCACAGCUCUGGCUGCGGGUCGGCGAGCUGGGCACGGCGCUGGCACUGCUGGUGGCCGCCGCCGAGCCGCUGUGCUGCCAGUGUCGUCGCCGGAGCCCUGCCAGCCACUCCUGCUGGGCCAAAGCGCUGCGGUACUUCUGCGCCGGCCGCAAAGCCGAGGCGCCCGAGUACCCCAACAACUGCUACGACUGGGCCAGCGGCGGCACCGGCGGCACCGGCGGCACCGGCCCGGAGCGGGCACCCGCCAACGACAUCUCCAAGAGCCUCAUUCGCAACCCGGCCGAGCAGCUGCCCCUGCGGGCGCUCAAGGACAGCAACGAGGCCUGGGCGGCUGCCGCCGGCACCGCCAGGAUGCCGGGGCUCAGCCCCAAGUGCCCCAACGCGGUGGCUGCCCGCUCCUGCGCCGCCUUCGAGCAGGGCUCGUCCCCCUCGCUGGGAGAGCUGGCCUUCCGCCCGCCGUCCCCCAUCGACCUGCGCCGCAGCAUCGACCAGGCGCUCUGCCGCCGGCACCUCCUGCACGACGGCCUCUUCGGCCGACCCCGCCGUGGUUCCGGCGCCUCGCUGCAUGACUCCCCGGCCCCCGCCGAGACCCCCGGCUUGGGGUGCAUGGCACGCUGCAGCUCGCUGACAGACCUGCCUGGACCGUCACCCGCCUCGGCCAGCUCGCUGGAGAGCAGCUCGCUGAAGAUCAGCUGGAACCCCUGGCGCCAUGGGCUGUCCUCGCCCGACAGCCUGCCCCUGGACGAGGCGCCCAGCCGGGCCCCCCUCCUGGUGCCUGCCGUGCCCCCCCCAUGGGAGCGCGAGGGCCCCCGCGGCUUCCCGGCCCUCGGCAAGGCGGCGGACACCCGCAGCCUCUCCAGCGACACCAUCGAGCUCUGAGCCGGGGAGACGGGAGGACGGGCAGAGACUGGGGAGCACAGGGGGACGAGCCCAGCGUGGGGGGCCGGGGGUCUGAUCCUGCGCCCCUGCAGGAUGGGGUAGGAGGGGGGAGCUGGG